AUGUCGCUCCGCAGCUCACGAGGCCGACGGUUCGAGUCCGCUCGGCCCCGAGGCUCCGGCUGCGCCUGCGCCUGCGCACGCCGCCCCGACGCCCACACGGCUUGGGCCGGGGAGGGCGGGGACCCGCGCUGGGCUAGCGGGCUGGGCGUACCCCAAGUUAGGAGGGGCGAGGGUUGGGCUUGCGGGUUGUCGGGCAGCCAGUGGGAGCGUGUCUCCUUAAUCUUUUUGAGGAGGGGGCCCGCAGGUGUGGUUGCGAGCGGUACCGGCAGCAGAGCAGGGCAAGACGGGGGAGUAGGAAUCGCGGGGGCUUGGGAUUUCCCCAGAGCCUCCUCCCCGGCUGGGGAGAUGCUCCAGUGCCUGCCUUUGGACGGCGAGGAAGGGGCAGACUUGGAAGAGCGGGAGGACAGUUCCCAAGAAGAUCCGAAAGAAAUCAUCACCCUGGCUUUCGUGAGCGAGAACACUGGGGUGCAAGAGGGGCUUCAGAAUGCCCAGCAGCAAGGCAAGAAGAAGAGGAAGAAAAAGAGAUGAUUGGUGAUCAAUCUCUCCACCUGCCGAUAUGAGAGCGUGCGUAGGGCCGCCCAGCGGUAUGGCCUUCAAGAGGGAGGGGAAGCCAAUGACUGGACUCUCUACUGGACGGACUACUCAGUGUCACUGGAGAGGGUGAUGGAGAUGAAAAGUUACCAGAAAAUCAAUCACUUCCCUGGGAUGAGUGAAAUCUGCCGCAAGGACUUGCUGGCCAGGAAUAUGAGCCGCAUGUUAAAGAUGUUCCCUAAGGAUUUCCACUUUUUCCCUAAGACCUGGUGUCUUCCUGCUGACUGGGGGGAUUUGCAGAACUACAGCAGGUCAAGAAAAAAUAAGACAUACAUUUGUAAGCCGGAUUCAGGCUGCCAAGGGAGAGGUAUAUUCAUCACCCGGACGGUGAAAGAUAUCAAGCCAGGAGAGGAUAUGAUCUGUCAACUCUAUAUUUCAAAGCCCUUUAUCAUUGACGGAUUCAAGUUCGACCUACGGAUUUAUGUGCUGAUGACCUCCUGUGACCCUCUGAGGAUUUUUGCAUACAAUGAAGGACUAGCACGCUUCGCCACCACCUCUUACUCCCACCCCAGCACAGACAACCUGGAUGAUAUCUGCAUGCACCUGACUAAUUAUUCCAUUAAUAAGCACAGUUCCAAUUUCAUUCGAGAUGCUCACACUGGAAGCAAGAGGAAGCUCUCCACCUUCAACAUGUACAUGGAAAACCACGGCUACAACAUGGAGCAGGUCUGGAGAGAUAUCGAGGAUGUCAUCAUCAAGACGAUCAUCUCCGCCCACCCCAUCAUCAAGCAUAACUACCACACCUGCUUCCCCAACCACACACUCAACAGUGCUUGCUUUGAAAUCCUGGGCUUUGAUAUUUUGCUGGACCACAAACUCAAGCCCUGGCUGCUGGAGGUUAACCACUCUCCAAGCUUCUCCACCGACUCCUGGCUGGAUAAAGAGGUGAAAGACAGUCUGCUAUAUGACACCUUGGUUCUGAUCAACCUGGGAAACUGUGACAAAAAGAAAGUCUUGGAGGAGGAGAGACAGCAGGGGCGAUUCCGGCAGCGAUGUCGUUCUUGGGAGACCAGGAUGGAGGAGGUCAAGGGUUUCCAGGCCGUGCAGUUGGAGAAAACUGAGAAGUACGAGAAGGAGAACCGUGGGGGGUUCCGCCUGAUUUAUCCUACUCUGAAUUUGGAGAAGUAUGACAAGUUUUUCCAGGACAACAACUCCCUCUUCCAGAAUACUGUUACCUCCAGGGCUCGGGAGGUGUAUGCCCGGCAGCUGAUCCAGGACCUAAGGCUGAAACAGGAGAAAAAGUCCUUCCAAACGAAGGAGAAGGUGGAGAUGCAGGGGGAGUCGGCCGGCGAGCAAGCGAGGGGCAAGAGCAUGAGGAGCUGCCGACAGAAACCACAGCAGAAACACCAGGCCGCCACCCUCACCUUCAAACAACGUCUCCAGCCAAUGGCAUUGGUAUCCUGCACACCUGACUUGCUCUUGAGUGUCAGAGAUGCAAAGACAAAUGAGACAGACAGCAUCCUCGACCAGGAGACCCCCACGAAAGGGGCCAGCCCUCCUCCCUGCAAGCCUAUAGCUGCAAGACGAUACACCUCUGUACCUGACCUGAGGCACUCAAGCCUUCUCAGCUGCCCGGGGCUGGGGCUCAGUCAACCCAUCCCCAGAAUCAAGGAGGUCAAGUCUGCCUCUGCAGUGAACAUAUUCACCAGCACUGGGAGCUUCUUAGGAAGUCUGAAGCCAAGCUGGACUGCGCCACAGAAUGAGACGACGAAGCAGCCUCUGAUGCCAGAGCUGUUCACCAAGGUUCCACUGAGGGAGAAGCUCGCCCUGUUCCCAGCUUACUGCAACCCAAAGCUGGGGCCAAAUCACAAGUCACAAACCCACUGCCUGCCCUGGGAGUGCUACUGCAGCAGCCGAAGCUCCAGCGAGAAGAGGCAGCUGCGUCUGUCUUCCGUCCUGCUCCUGCCCGGUCCUCCCAGCCGCGACGUGUCUCCCAGUGAUCUGCUGGUGGUUGCCACCCCGGCCCGACUGGAUCCGAGGCCCCGCAGGAGCCACAGUGGCGCCGCGAGAGACCCGAGUCAGGAAGCGUAUAGCCGCAGCCUGAUCUCUGGCCCAAAAGGAUAUGAGAGGGACUAGAAUCAGACUGGAUCCCUGCCAUUUUCCCCCCUUUCCACCUCUUACUCCCAGGAAAUGAUUUAUCAUUUCUUAAAGUGUCUACAAUGUCCGUAGAGUCAACUGAAAGUUUUAUUUCCUCAUCUAGAUAUCGUGGUCUUAUAACUACCUCCCAUUAACACCACUGGGCCAACAGCCUUGUCUUUUGUGCCCUCCCAGUUAGCUUACAGUGCUGUAGGACCAUGACUUCUGAGACGUAUUGGUGCUGCCCCAGGACACACCCCAGUUGCCCCACCAGUGGCAUUCCUAUGGAUCCCUCAGAUGGCACUAUCAUCCAGAACACUCCCCCCAGAGAAAGCAAUGUGAAGGGAGGAGUGUUUCAGAGAAGGACUCAAAGUUUCCAGGAAUCCAAAGCCCUCAGUCUACCAACAGGUCUGUGUCAGUUGGUUUUGAACCCCAAAGAGAAAAGACAGAGAAAGGGCAAGGCAUGGUGGAGGAUUCUGAGCCCUGAGUAAGGGAAUUGGGGCAGGUAUAACUUUACCACAUACAGAUCAGACCUCCUCCCACCUGAGCCACCUCAGUGCCCAACACCUUCCUGCUACCUCCCCCCUUACCAGUCCACAUCCACAUCAAUCCUGCUGAUGAAGAAGUGAGGCGAGAGUACCCAGCCUGCAGGUGUUUCUUCCACCAACCUGCAGAAAUGAUGCAUCUUCCCCUGAAGUGUACAUUAAAAUAAAUUGCCAUGCUCAAUG